CUGGUGAGCUUCGUCUCAUGUUGGCGGUGCCAGCGUCAGGACCGUAGAGGAUGGGUUGUAGCAACGCGUGCGUGUGUGCAGCGAGCAGAAAAUUUGUUGGUGCGCGAAUGUGGGCUGCUGGGUACGCAGUACCUAUUACUGCCAGAAACUUAGGCGAGUGGCGUUGUCGCAUGACACUACACGGCUGAGCUGGGGCGAAUGUGCAAAUACUCGUAGAGUCGACGUUCCACUUGUCUAGAACAACAACUGAACAUAGUAUUCGGUUGAUCUACCGGGCUAGAGAGGACGCUUCACACUAGGGACGGUGUCCGGCAUGGGCGCUCAUUGCAAGUGUCCCGGUUUUUAGCAUGAGGAAAAAUUUUUGGGGGCCGAGUCUGCUUAUAUAGUGCAUGGUCGUGUCUGCGGGCAGCGCCCAUGCAAGGCAUGGUUGCGAAACCUCUGCCCUAAGCCGUCCGAUGCAUCUCGGUGGGAAGCAAGGGGACUUAAGUGGCGAGUGUCCGACUGUGCCUGCUGCAGCUACGGAGGCACUAAGUGUCAGUUUCCAGCAGAUGGAGAUGCACAAACAUGUCAAUUCCUAGAAGCAGACAGUUCCAGAGUAGUAAACGAUAGAUUUUGUCCACCCAGAACGAAUGGCAAAAGCAUAAUGUGUCAGUUUCAAGAGUAUGGCAGUAAGUAUAUUAGUCCAUAAGAUGCCAGU